AUGGAGAUGGAAAAUCGAGCAGAUAUGGAGUCUUCGCGAACAUUACCGGAGAGGAUGUUUGCUUUGGGCGAGGAACCCGUGGGGGUGAGAGUUACCCCUUACCACAAACCCUUCGCAAUAAGUAACAUACUCUGGUCACUGGAAGAAGAUGAAGUCGAUGCUCUGCGCCGAUCACUGGAAGAAGAUGAAGUCGAUGCUCUGCGCCGAUCACCGUUCGGUAAGCUUGCAAACCAAUCCGAUUUUCUGAGGGAAUUUGCCAUAGUAACAGGUCUGAAUUGUUUCAAGUAUCCAGCUCGUUCCAAAAAAAAGGCAAAGAGGGAUAUCAACGAGAAGCCAUACUGGGGAGAGCUAUUCGGUACCAUGAAAGAAGUAUCUGUCAACUGUGUUGUAAGGAUGCUGAAAGAGAGAAGUGUAACUGCAAAAGAAACAAGGAUUAAGUAUGCGUUCCUUGCACUCCUUGCAUCUGUUGUUCUCCCAACAACUCACACACCUCGGAUUUCACACGAACAUGCGGAGAAGAUUAAAGAUUUGGAUGCGUUUCUUGCAUAUCCUUGGGGUCGCAUUUCUUUCGAAUUGCUUAUAAGCAGUAUCAAAGAGAGGAACGAACUUUCUCUAUCCCAAAACACAAUAGCUCUAAAGGGAUUUGUGCUAGCUUUACAGCUUGUAAUGAUCGAAGCUGUACCUGCUCUUACCAAAGCCGUUCAUGAAGCCGGCUCGUCAGGUUCGGAAGGCGAUUUUGCGGGCGACGACGAACUUUCAGAAGAAGAAAGAAAAGGGAAGCGAAGUAUAAGUCCAGGGCAUGCCCGUGAUACUGACUGUUCUGGAAAGGCCGGGGUGGUUUCCAUUAUUUCGGUUGGGAACGAGGCUGUCAAUGGGGAUUCUCAGUUUGGGUGGUCUGAUGAUGAAGAAGAUGUCGAUGUUGUAAGAAUGCGGGAAGAAACAAGAAGUGAAGCAGAGAUCAGGAAAACAACAAAGCAGAAAUCAAACCAGAGUAGUAGUGAUGUUGUGGACGCAGAUUCCAUAGCUAGUUGUGUAAAAGGUCGUCUUUCAGGAGAUCUGAGUCGUGUAUCAGAAGAGCUGAACCGUGUUUCCGCAGAAGUUUCCCGUAUGGCAACAGAACUGAAGAGUUUUGGUGCUGCCUUUAAAAGUUUCCAAACCGCUAUUGUUUCCAAAGUAGACGAUAUGUUGAAGACAUUUCACGGUCAGACUGUCCAAAAUAUAACUAAUCCGAUGAUUCAUUCCCCUGCUCCUGCCAUGCAACAUGUUCCACCGCCUGUAGCUGUUCGGAGGACUGGCGAGGAUCAAUCCAAGUAUUCACAUGUAGGCGUAAAUGAUGUCGUCAAUCAACCCACAGCUUCGAGUCAUGGUGGACUUGAUGCUUCAAAAAUUAUAGAGAACGCAUUGAGGUUCGCGGAGAAGGAAUGCUUUCCACUUUCCAAUGUUGAAACCGUUGGGGUUAACCCAACGAUGCACACCAUCGGAAAUGCUAGAGUGAAUGGAUCUGAACCUUCUCCCAACUUUUCAUCCGCUGAAGAAGAACCCAUUCUGGACCCAGGCCUCGUGUUUCCUAAACCGACAUUUUCGCUAGGGCUGAGUCAGGAAGAGCCGAAUAAUGAAAGCAGUGGGUGUGAUGUUGUAAACGAGGAAUCUCUUGUCAUAGCUUUAAACAAGGAUAAUGGUGUUACAGUAGCAGAAGGCGAUGCGCCUUGUCACCCUUUCAGGAAAAGCAAGCGCCAGAAGGUUGUUCCAAAAGCGUUAGUGGGUGACUACGAAUGUGACAAUAAAUUUCUUACAAGAGCGUGGGAAGCACAUGUUGCGGCUAAUCGAACCGGUGAUGACAUGGAAGUUGAGUCAAAAUUCUGUAAGCUGAGAGACAUUCUGAAAACCCCGUUUUCCUUCAUCAUAAACGAAGUUAGGAUUGAAAGCAAGGAUUUGUCUGUUCUGGUGGAGAAGUCUGGACAAGUACCAGCGAAGGUUGUUAAUGUGCUUAUUCAUCAUACACGGUCCGUAUAUAACAGUGCCUCUGAUCAGAUAACAGCAAAUCAGGCUGUGUUCUUCGACACCAAGUUUGUAUGUCAGUUUCCAAGACUUAUGGAAGGUUGCAGCAGCGUCGACGCGGGUUGCAGGUUAUACUUCCCUUUUAACUUGGAUAAGACACAUUGGGUUUGUUUGUGCAUUGACGCCACAAGUUGGCAGCUCCAUGUUCUGGACUGCAACAUCUCUAUCCGCAGUGAUGUAAUGAUGUGCAAAGAGAUUGCCCCUAUUGCAGUCAUGCUUACGUAUUUACUUAGACAAGCUGGGAAACAAAUUUGCGGGAAAGAGGUGAAAGCUUUACCGAUUGAUAGACCACACACGGUCCCGCAAUUAGAGAAUCAGUUGUAUUCGGCUGUAAAUGAGGUUCUCCUUAUUCAGGCACACGCAUUUGGCGGUUUAGAAAUCUGCAAAUGCAUAUCCCCCAACGUUGUGGAGUCUGAGCUUCAACGACUUGCUGUCACCAUUGUGGAGAGAUACCACGGCAUCAUAUGA